GCAGCCUUCUCGUCCGGGCCGCUCUGACGAGCGCCCGGGCCGGGAGCCGGGCUCGUGCGCGGUUCGCGGCGUCGCGAUGAACAUCGUGGUGGAGUUCUUCGUGGUCACUUUCAAAGUGCUCUGGGCGUUCGUGCUGGCCGCAGCGCGCUGGCUGGUGCGGCCCAAGGAGAAGAGCGUGGCCGGCCAGGUGUGCCUCAUCACCGGCGCCGGCAGCGGCCUGGGCCGCCUCUUCGCGCUCGAGUUCGCCCGGCGCCGGGCGCUGCUGGUGCUCUGGGACAUCAACACUCAGAGCAACGAGGAGACGGCGGGCAUGGUGCGCCACAUCUACCGCGACCUGGAGGCGGCCGACGCCGCGGCGCUGCAAGCUGGGAAUGGUGAGGAAGAAAUUCUGCCCCACUGUAACUUGCAGGUUUUUACCUAUACCUGUGAUGUGGGAAAGCGGGAGAAUGUCUACCUGACGGCUGAGAGGGUCCGCAAGGAGGUUGGCGAGGUCUCCGUCCUCGUCAAUAAUGCCGGCGUGGUCUCUGGGCAUCACCUUCUAGAAUGUCCUGAUGAGCUCAUUGAGAGAACCAUGAUGGUUAAUUGCCACGCACACUUCUGGACCACUAAAGCUUUUCUUCCUACAAUGCUGGAGAUUAACCAUGGUCAUAUUGUGACAGUUGCAAGUUCCUUGGGACUGUUCAGUACCGCUGGAGUUGAGGAUUACUGUGCCAGUAAAUUUGGAGUCGUGGGUUUUCAUGAAUCCCUGAGCCAUGAGUUAAAGGCUGCUGAAAAGGAUGGAAUUAAAACAACGCUGGUUUGCCCUUACCUCGUAGACACUGGCAUGUUCAGAGGCUGUCGAAUCAGGAAAGAAAUCGAGCCUUUCCUGCCCCCUCUGAAGCCUGAUUACUGUGUGAAGCAGGCCAUGAAAGCCAUCCUCACCGACCAGCCCAUGAUCUGCACCCCCCGCCUCAUGUACAUCGUGACUUUCAUGAAGAGCAUCCUCCCCUUCGAAGCCGUCGUGUGCAUGUAUCGGUUCCUAGGAGCAGACAAGUGCAUGUACCCCUUUAUCGCUCAACGAAAACAAGCCACAAACAAUAACGAAGCAAAAAAUGGAAUCUAAGCGUCUUUUUUGUAUGGAAUAUCACUUCUAUCAGAAGACGAUCAAGAGGUUUCAGUCCGAUCCACAUCAGCAUCACUGACAUUCUCGGGAUUCUAAAUCCAUGUGGACUUUUUUUUUUUUUUUAAUCAACUUUUUAAAAAAAAUAAAGUGUAAAUUAACCAACUAGAGUACUGGGAAAAUGUCAUCAGCGAGAGUGAGCUUCAGUUGUUGCCAACGGGGUCCUUUUUAGGCAGAACCCUAAAACCAGUCAGAUCUUUUAGACAAGCACUGUCGGGACAUCUCCAGGCUACCGUUAUUUUUUUGAACAAGCAGAAAGUCUAGAGAUGAUAACUACGGUGUGUUUCACCUGUGUGGUUUCUCUUAAUUCCCGUAGAGUUUAUUAAUUCUUGUAAUUAAACUCUAGCCGACUGACACCCUUGCAAUUUCAAGGACUGAUAGUGCUAUAUUUUCUCAUGUUUUCUAAGUUUCAGUUUUGCAGAGCCUGUGUGGCUUUUUCAUGGUGUUUGUAUGUACAGCUCUUGUCAAAAGGAAUUUUGAAUCUCCAUCAAUUUGAAGUAAAUGAUGCUUAAUUAUUACAGUAAAGGUGAUCAGGUCUCUUUCUUCAAGUCAGAAUGACUGAAGCGUUAGCCGAAUUUUAAAUGUUAUCUCUGAAAUCUUUCCUUAAGUAUCUAUCACUCUGGAGACCUAGUUAUCCAAAAAAGAUCAUACAUUUUCUACCUAUGAAUUUUGCUGCAUACAGAAAGUGCCCUUUCCUCAGGAAGUUGCUGUGUUUCAUUUCUUUUAUCUAGAAUACAUAGCAGCUCUGCAAAGAAACAGUUUCUAAAAAUGGGAACUUCUGCAUUUUAAAAAGUCCCCAUUUUUGUGCCAACUAUGAUUAGUGAGGGGGAAGAAAUCGUAUACUAUGGAGUACGUAUGGAAGGGUGUAAAGAUUCUUUUGCAAGUUUUAUUCACGUUGUAGAACAGCAAAGGACAUUUUUACAGUAUUUUUUUGUAAAGCAAACUAUUUUGUGCCUUGAAUUUGGUAAAUGUGUAUUAGUGAAACGUUGUAAAAGUGAACUUCUACCUCUGUAUCUAAAUGUAUACCAUCCACUUGUAAAUUACUAUAAACUAUUAUGUGAUUGCUUUUUUUUAGAAUGUCUUGUUUAAAUAGCGACCAAUGUUUAAGGCUAUUGAAAUAAGCCAUCUUUUACUAAUUAACUGGGAAGUUUUAUAAAGGACUGAUUAAAUUUAAAGAAUUAACUUACAUGCAAUUGACUGUGUGAUUAUUAGUUAUCAGCAAUGUUGUAGAGAAAAUCAUUGUGUUCUUUUUUUUCUCUGCUAUAUCACGCCUUAGUUAAAGAAAAUGCUUGAAUGGGAUAGUGUUCAAGAACAGACAUUAACAGCUUAGGGUGCUAUACGCUCAAAUUUCCAAUUUUGUCCUCUACUUCGAUUAGACACUAUCAGGAGCUUAUUUAUACUGAAAGUGGGAAAAGAGAAAGAAUCCCAUUACCUGUGUGUUAGUUUGGCUGCACCACAGAUCAGAUCUGCACUGUAUCCCACACAGGAAAGUCCUGGCUCACUGCUAGUGUCCCCAGUGCUGGUCCUAAGGAAUAGCUUCUCUCUAUGUUUGAAUUUCUCCAUAAAGAGAAACGAUAACCAAGCCUGAGGCCAUUAUAGCAAUUGAGGCAUUGGGUGCCUCUUAAUUUUCAAUUUUGAAUUUAAAGAAGUACUUUGAGGUAGGACUUCAUCACAGCAUGGGGUUGAGGCAGGUAUUUUCAGGGUUUACCCAGGUCUGCCCUGAGCACCCUCAAACCAUCCUAGAGAAACCCAUUUAUCCAUCUUAAGACUAAGGAGUCUUCUUUACAUUUAAUUUUAUUCUCAUGUGUUGUAAUUUACACCUAUUUCUAUUUUUGUCUGUUACUGCCCUUAUAAGGUUGACCAUCUCUAAGUUCAAUAAACCUAAUUCAUUUAA